AAAAAAAAAAAAAAACAACAGAAGGAAGACAAAAACUACAGAGAGAUUCGCAAAAGAUAUGGCUUCUUACGAAAUAUAGUUUAUUCUUGAAUUUCCCCUUCUUAUCACGUUAUCACUCGAUUUCUAUUCAAUCCCUAAGAAAAAACCCUAAUUUUCAGCUUUCCUCCUCGAUUUCCUUGAGGAAAGAUGGGGACGAGCUUAAACGACAACGAAUCAUCACUUGCUCGCAUCAAACAGUUAGAACAUGAGCGUGACGAAUUGCGUAAAGAUAUAGAGCAAUUGUGUAUGCAACAAGCUGGGCCAAGCUACCUUGGUGUGGCCACUAGAAUGCAUUUUCAGAGGACAGCUGGAUUAGAGCAGGAGAUUGAGAAUUUGAGAAAGGAAUUAGCUGCUUGUGUCCGGAAUAACCAAAAUCUUCAAGAGGAGCUUUGUGAAGCUUAUCGAAUUAAAACUCAGCUGGCUGAUCUACAUCGUGAGGAGGCUGCUAAGAAUGUGGAAGCUGAGAAGCAGGUUAAGUUUUUCCAAGGUUGUGUGGCAGCUGCUUUUGCUGAACGGGAUCAUUCAAUAUUGGAGGCUGAGAAGGCUAAGGAAAAGGAGGAGCUUAUGGCUCAGAAGUUUAACGAGUUUCAGUCAAGGAUAGAAGAGCUUGCAUCAAAUUGUCUUGAACAGAGCAGAUGUAAUGAUGCACUGCAAAUUGAUCUUGCAAAACAGAAAGAGGAAAAUGAAACUUUAACGAAGGUUAUCAACAAGUUUUAUGAGAUCAGGCAAGGAACUAUUGGGGAAGUAGAGGAUGCUAGUUUGGAUGAUAAAUGUGCUUGUCUUUUACAUGAUCCUGGAGAAAUGUGGAGUUUCAAUGAUUCUUCCACCGCUAAAUACAUUAGUUCAUUGGAAGAAGAGCUGGAAAGAGUAAGGAGCUCUGUCGAUGAUCUUCGAAACAAGUUGCGAGUGGGCUUGGAGAUUGAAAAUCAUUUGAAGAAAAAAGUUCGUGGACUGGAAAGAAAGAAAAUCACUUCAGACAGAAUGAUUUUGGACAGGGUCACAGAACUACGCCAUUAUCAUUCUGAGCACAAAGUUCAAAUUAUGAAUUUACUUGAUAUGGAAAAAUCACAUAUCAAAAGAUUUGUUGAGCUAGUUGAAGAAAAAAUUAGGCAAUUUGAUGCAAGAGGGCAAAAUGUGCACUGUGUCCUCAAACCAGAUGAAUAUGAGCAUGUAGAUGUACAUCUAAGUACUGAUGCUGAAGCCGAGUUGGUAUCUAAGGGGGAUAUGCUGAAUUUAAAUAUUGCUGAGACUAAAGCUCAUGCCGCAGAAGCCCUUGCACAGGCAUUGCAAGAAAAGAGGGAUGUGCUGGAUAAUAUUGCUGAGAGUAAAGGUGAUGCCUCAGAAGCCCUUGCACAGGCAUUGCAGGAAAAGGUGGCAACACUGUUACUUUUAUCACAGCAGGAAGAAAGACAUUUACUGGAGAAAAAUAUUAAUGCAGCUCUUCAGAAAAAAGUAGAUGAGCUUCAGAGAAAUUUGCUUCAAGUUACCAAUGAAAAGGUGAAGGCUCUCUUGGAGUUGGCACAAUUUAAGCGGAAAUAUCAGUUAUUGCAAGAGAAAAUCAAUAAUGAGGUGAAGCAAGGGAAUGUUUUGGCUGAAGUUGCUGACAGAAGAAUUGCUACUUAUGAAAGAGAUGGAAAGCUAAAGAGUCUGCUAAAGAAAACAUAUUUGAGACGUUGGGUUGGUGCACCAGAUACUGGGGGAAAUGAAGCUGAAGCUUCGCCAAAUAGCAUGGAUUUCGUUAGAAUGAGAAUUGAAAAUGCUACACUCAAGGAGAGCAUGGAAAGUUUGGACCACCUGACUUCUACACUUCAUAGAUUGCGUCUUUCACUUCUGAAGGUAACAGAGUCGAUAAAUUCUAAAGAUACUGAUACUAAUGCAUCAGAACUUGAUGAGAUCAUUACUGAGGCAAAACUUGUGAAGACAGCACUAGGCAGCUCCCUGCCCAUUAGUUGGUCAGCUGAGGGAGAUGGUGAAUCUAUUGGAGAAAGCAUAGACACUGAGACAGGCGAUAUGUUUGAGGAUUCUGGUGGUCAGAAAAUAGAUUCAGUUACUGCAGCAGGGUUUGAGAUGCUGGAUCUGCUAAUACUUGCUGCUCAGGUAUUAAAGGGAAAAAACCAAACCUGCUCUUUAACCACACCCUGAUAUUAUUCUGGUACCUGCUCACUCUCCAUUUCAACUUCGACAUACAUACAUGCGGUCCAAACUGUUUGUAUUGAACAAUUAGGAAUUGUUGAAGAAAACAAAGUUCUCGGUUUCCUCACCGCAGCCUGCAGGCAGGUAAGAAAAGCAAAAUUUGUGCAAAAUGGGGGAUAAUGAUGGGAGGAAUUACAUGGCUAUGUCAACAGUUAUCUUUUUUAUUGUAAUUACUACAUUACAAUGUAAAAAAGGUGUUGUCAACAUAUAAAAAAAAAAGGGGGGGGGGUGUUUGAGCAGUAUCUCCCCAUCUACCAUAUAUCUUUUGUAAUUAACCUUUUUCUUUUCCUAAUAUACAGUGAUGUUUGUUGUGUUAA